AUGAGUGAGAAUGAAAAAGACACACCAUCAACAUAUGGACAAAUGGAAGGAGACUCAUCAACUCCUCUAGAUAAUCUUGAUUCAGAAACUCAAACUAUUAUUGAUGAUGAGAAUACUCAGGAGUUGAUAAGGCAAUUUGCAACUACUAGUCAAAAGAAAUUGGGAGGAUCAAGCAGAAAUGGAACGAGACAUUUACAUGAUCACUUCAAGAUUUGUCCUCUUAGAAAGAAUCGUGAUAUAAAACAAUCAAUCUUGAAUCCAAGUAGGAAGAAGGAUGGAAGUACUUCUCUUGCUGCCCACAACUUUGACCAAGAGUUUUCAAGAGAAAAACUUGCUAAGAUGAUUGUUUUGCAUGAGUAUCCACUCAAUAUGGUUGAGGAUGAUGGAUUUAGAAGCUUUGUCAACUCUCUCCAGCCAUUAUUCAGACAUGUAUCUCAAACUACUAUUAGGAGGGAUAUAUUGAAGAUAUAUGAGAAGGAAAAGACCAAGACAAUGAACUCAAUGAAUGACAAUCGUAGUAGAGUUGCGAUUACAACUGACUUGUGGACAUCAAAUAAUCAAAAGAGAGGGUAUAUGGUGGUGACUACACAUUAUACUGAUGAUUCUUGGAUUUUGCAUAAUCGAAUUAUCAGGUUUAUAUAUGUGCCUGCCCCUCAUACUGCUAAACUUCUAGCAAAAGUGUUGAUGGAAUGUUUGAUUGAAUGGUCUAUUGAGCGUAAGUUGUCUACCCUUACCUCAGAUAACUGUACUGUGAACAUUGCCAUGAUGGAUCAAAUGAAAGAAAAAUUGAGAAAUGCUUCUUACUAA